UCGACAAAAAGUAGUAUCUUGGUAAAUUGAUUCCUGGGUUUGCUAAAUAUUCCCAAUUUUGUCCAGUGAUCUCCAGGGGCGUUUUCUUCAACGGCGCCAUGUCGCUUUCUCUCUCCACUUGCUUCUUGCUUUCCCCCAAUGAAUUGCAUUUCCGGAGAUUCCGCUCCUCUCCUGCUUCAGCUUCUUUGAAAGAUGGGCUUCAAACUACUUCACCAAAAAUCACCUCAAUCCCGGAGUGCUUUGAAGAGACUAGGGGAAGGAUAGCAAAGCUGUUUCAUAAGGAUGAACUUUCUGUUUCGACGUAUGAUACAGCAUGGGUUGCUAUGGUCCCUUCCCCGACUUCGUGGGAGGAACCUUGCUUCCCGGAUUGUCUAAACUGGUUGCUGGAGAACCAGUGCCCUGAUGGUUCGUGGGCCCGUCCCCACCAUCACUCUUUGCUAAAGAAAGAUGUUCUUUCUUCUACCUUGGCUUGCGUUCUUGCGCUUGAAAAAUGGGGAGUUGGUGAAGAACAAAUAAAAAGAGGUUUGCAUUUUAUGGAGUUGAAUUUUGCUUCAGCUACGGAUGAGGGUCAGAUUACUCCUAUGGGAUUUGAUAUUGUAUUUCCUGCCAUGCUUGAUUAUGCCAAAGGUUCCUCUUUGAACCUGCGGCUAGAGCCAACUGCAUUUAAUGAUUUGAUGCAUAAGAGAGAUAUGGAGCUUAAAAGGGGCAACCAAAAUUACUCAUCGGAGCGGGAAGCAUACUGGGCGUGCAUAGCUGAGGGAAUGGGAGAGUUACAGAACUGGGAAUCAGUUAUGAAAUAUCAAAGAAAAAAUGGAUCACUUUUCAACUGUCCUUCCACGACAGCAGCUGCUUUUAUUGCCUUGCACAAUUCUGACUGCCUCAACUACUUAAAUUUAACCUUAAAGAAGUUUGGAAAUGCAGUUCCUGCAGUUUAUCCUCUAGAUAUAUACUCUCAGUUGUGCAUAGUUGACAAUCUUGAAAGGUUGGGGAUCAGCCAGUAUUUUUUGACGGAGAUUCAAAAAGUGUUGGAUGAAACAUACAGAUGUUGGAUGCAGGGCAAUGAAGAGAUAUUCAUGGAUGCCUCAACUUGUGCCUUAGCAUUCCGGACGUUGCGAUUGAAUGGAUAUGUUGUAACUUCAGAUCCAGUUACAAAAAUUCUACAAGAGUGCUUUUCAAGUUCAAAUCGUGGAAAUAUGACCGACAUUAACACAACUCUUGAAUUAUAUAGGGCUUCUGAACUCAUAAUUUAUCCAGAUGAGAGAGACCUUGAGAAACAAAAUAAAAGGCUUAAACUUUUACUUGAGCAAGAAUUAGCCAGUGGUUUGAUGCAAUCAUGUCAACUUGGAAGAAGAAUUGAUGCAGAGGUUCUUCUCAUAUAUCAGGUGAACCAGGCCAUCGAGAAUCCCUUUUAUGCAAUCAUGGAAAGGGUGGCAAAGCAGAAAAAUAUAGAGCACUACAACUUUGAUGAUACAAGAAUUCUGAAAUCUUCGUUUUGUUCGCCUAGUUUUGGCAACAAGGAUUUCCUUUUUCUGUCCGUAGAAGACUUCAAUCGAUGCCAAGCUGCACAUCGUGAAGAACUCAAAGAACUUGAAAGAUGGGUUGUGGAGAAUAGAUUGGACGAGCUGAAGUUUGCAAGGAGUAAGUCUGCCUACUGUUAUUUUUCUGCAGCAGCAACCUUUUCUGCUCCAGAACUAUCAGAUGCACGCAUGUCGUGGGCCAAAAAUGGUGUACUGACGACUGUGGUAGAUGACUUUUUUGAUCUUGGAGGUUCAGUGGAGGAAUUGAAGAACUUAAUUCAGUUGGUUGAAUUAUGGGACGUGGAUGUUAGAACUGAAUGCUCUUCCAACAAUGUCCAGAUAAUAUUUUCAGCUCUUAGGCACACAAUCUGUGAGAUUGGAGACAAAGCAUUCAAGCUACAAGGGCGUUGUGUUACCAACCAUAUUAUUGGCAUUUGGUUAGAUUUGCUAAAUUCUAUGAUGAGAGAAACUGAAUGGGCCAGAAACAACUACGUCCCGACAAUUGAUGAAUAUAUGAGCAACGCACAUGUAUCAUUCGCUCUGGGGCCAAUUGUCCUACCAGCUCUUUAUCUGGUGGGGCCGAAGCUCUCGGAAGAGAUGGUUAACCAUUCCGAGUACCAUAACCUAUUCAAAUUGAUGAGCACAUGUGGACGCCUCCUGAAUGACAUCCGUGGUUAUGAGAGGGAGCUCAAAGAUGGAAAACUAAACGCCUUAUCACUAUACAUUAAUAACCAUGGCGGUGAAGUGAGUAAAAAAGCUGCCAUUUCUGUGAUUGAAAGCUGGAUUGAGACUGAAAGGAGAGAAUUGCUGAGAUUGGUUUUGGAGGGGAAGAAGAGUGUUCUACCAAAGGCGUGCAAGGAAUUGUUUUGGCAUAUGUGCUCUGUGGUGCAUCAGUUCUACAGUAAAGACGACGGAUUCACCAAGCAAGAUUUGUUUCAGGUUGUAAAUGCAAUAAUUCAUCAACCUCUUCUUCUCAAGGAGAAAAUGUUGUGAUAAUUCAUACCUAAAUUUUUGUAACAAUGAUGCUUGAAACUAAACAUUUGCAACUACUUGCUGUUUGCCAUUAUUUAUUGCAAGGAAGCACCAAGCAGAGAUCCAUGGAGCUUCAUCUAUUGGAUUAAUAAAAUAUUAUUUUAUGCAA